AUGAAUGAGUUAAAAAUAUUUGAUAUGGGAAAAUAUACAAUGAAAGCUUUAUCAGGUUCAGAUCGUUUUUAUCAAUUAAAAUCCGAUCGAACUGCUCAUCUUGUAAAUACAAUGGCAAUGUAUCGACAAGAUGGACGUUUUUGUGAUGUUAAUUUAUGUGUAAAUGGUCAACGAUUUUCAGCACAUAAAAUUGUAUUAGCAGCAGCAUGUCCUUAUUUUUGUGCAAUGUUCAAUCAAACUGGUCAUAUUGAAGCACAUACAGCACAAGAUAUUGAUUUAAGUCAAACAGUACGGUGUUCAACUGCAAUGAGUCUUAUACUAGAUUUUCUUUAUACUUCACAAAUACAGCUCAAUGAUAAAUGUGUUCUUUCAGUUUUAGCAACGUCAUCAUUAUUAUUAAUAGAUGAUUUAAUUGAAAUAUGUGUUGCAUAUCUACGUGAUCAAUUACAUGCAUCUAAUUGUAUUGGAUUAUAUCUUUAUGGAAAACAGUUUGAGUGUCUUCCAUUAAUUGAAGCUGCACAACAUUAUAUUUAUGAACAUUUUGAAGAUAUUAUACGACAUGAAGAAUUUCUUACACUUGAUUUUCGUGAUGUAUAUUUUAUACUUAAAGCUGAUCAAGUUCAAGUUAAAUGUGAAUCAAUUAUUUAUACUGCAGCAAUGCAAUGGAUUCGACAUGAUCUAUUAAAUCGACGUAAAGAACUUUCGGAAAUUUUACCAUGUAUACGUGUUCAAUUUCUUGAUCCAUUAUUUUUAAAAGAUGUUAUUAAUUGUGAUGAAUUUGCACAGCCUGAUAUGCAACGUUGUCGAGAAUAUCUUGAAAAUGUAUAUGAAAAUUUAACAUCACAUCGUUAUUGUCAGUUACCACCACAUCGUGCACCAAUUAAACCACUUGUUUUAUAUUGUGCUGGUGGUUAUUAUAAUCAAUCAAUAAAUACAAUGGAAUGUUAUUUUUUAGAAACACAAAAAUGGAAACGAUGUGCAAAUUUACAGAUACCUAGAAGUGGAGUAGGUGUUGUUUCAAUUCAUAUGCGUGUUUAUGUUAUUGGUGGAAGACAUAAUACAAAAAAUGAUAAUCGAGAUUGUCGUGAAGUUGAAUGUUAUGAUCCAUUUGUUAACAGAUGGACAACAGUAGCUCCAAUGAUUUAUCCACGAAAUCGUCUUGGUGUUGGUACAAUUGAUCAUUAUAUGUAUGCAGUGGGUGGUUCAUGUUAUCAAGAAUUAUAUUCAACUGUUGAACGAUAUUCACCAACAUCAGAUUCUGCAGUUUGGGAAGAAGUUGCUUCUAUGCAUGUAAAACGUAUUGGUUUAGCUGUUUGUACACAUACUCGAUUAUUAUAUGCAAUUGGAGGUUUUGAUGGACAUCGACGAUUAGCUGAUGUUGAAUCUUAUGAUCCUGAUAAGAAUAUAUGGAAACGUGAACAACCACUUUUAUGUAGUCGUUCAGGUGCUGCUGCUGCUACACUUGCACAAUAUAUAUAUGUUGUUGGAGGUUAUGCAUCUGAUAGUAUAACUGGACCCAUGCAACUUGAUGUUGUUGAACGAUAUGAUACAAUUACACAACAAUGGUCUUAUGUUCAAUCACUUAAUUGUCGUCGUUCAGCACUUAGUUGUGUUACACUUGAUAAACGUCUUUUUGCUUUAGGCGGUUAUGAUGGUAAAAAUUUUUCAUCUGUUGUUGAAAUUUAUGAUCCUGAAAAAGAUGAAUGGACAUAUGGAACAUCAUUAACCAAAGAACGAAGUGGACAUGGUAGUGCACUUACAGUUGAACCAACAUUAGAUGAUGAUGAUGAUUAA